AUGGCCUGCAGAACAACACCAUUGUUCUCCACUGGAAGGUGGCUGCCGAACUGGGCCAAUGUGGUCUGUGCGGUCUGUAGUAAUGUGGGUGGGUCUCCCAAUGUGGUCUCCCUCUAUCCUCUCCCCCACCCACCGGCCUCCUCCCCUCUCCUCCCCAAAACCACCGCUUCGCCUUCUUCCCUCUACCGGCCUGCCCCUCCUGCCGUCCUCUGUGCCUGCCAACCCCGCACCCAGCCCGGUGCGCUCCCCCUCGUGCUGCCUACUUCCCACCCUUUCCCCCUCCAUCUUCGCUUUCGUACCUACCGCCUUCCGCCCUCCAUCUUCCGCCCGCGCCCCCUCCGCGUAUCUCUUCCGUUCCCUCCCCCGCAGGCGUGGGAGCUCGCGUACGACCUGGCGGAGGGCACGGUCCGCCCGCCCGCGAAGAUCUCUCUUCCGCCAAACGUCCCCCCUCCGCCGCACCUGGAGGACUGCGCGGCGCGCACUGCGUUCCGCGAGUCGACGGAGAAGCGCGCGGCGAACGGGGAGUCGCCCAAGUGGUCCAACUCGUCCGAGGCGUGCGGAUGGGUGCCCCAGCCGCCUUGGGUCCGGGGACCCGACGCGGGCAACCUGGCAGGAACGCGGAAGGCGCAGCGCGACCUGUGGGAGCUGCAGUUCCCCGCAUCAUGCAAGGAGCGGAAGCUGCUGCUGGUGGAGUGGCCGCCGGUGAAGGGGUACGGGCUGGGGUCGCAGCUGCACAUCAUGACGUCGCUCUUCAGCUUCGCUGUCAACUCCAACCGCACCUUCGUGAUCAAGCCCGGCUCCUACGUGCGCGCCAACCACUCCGAGUGCCAAGCGCUAGGCAAGGCAGGGACGUUCGAGUGCUACUUCUUCCCCAUGGUAUCCAAGGAGUGCGAGGACAUAGCCAUGGCGGAGCACAACGCAGGCCGCAUCCCGGCCUGCUCUGGCAUAGGAGGCCUGGAGCACGUGGCCAGGUCUCAAGACCUCGUGUUGUGCGCCACAGGCUACGAGAUCCUUAAGCACCGCUCUGCUGCCAGGUGCGUGCGGGUGGUGGGUGCUUGUCGCAAGAGCGCCUCAAGCCUCAAGCGCUGCUGCAGGGAGGAAGAAGGGCGCGCUCAGGUCUGA